AUGCAUAUGCCUAAGAUCUACAACACUUACUUUGUGGCGCUCAUUGCUACCGUCGGUGGUAUGCUUUUUGGUUUUGACAUCUCGUCCAUGUCAGCUAUCAUUGGAACAAAACAAUAUGUUUCUUACUUCAACAACCCGCACGGCAUCAUCCAAGGAGCAAUCGGUGCUGCCCUCGCAGCUGGCUCUGUGGUUGGAUCGUUGUUUGCCGGACCAUUUUCGGACAGAAUUGGUCGCAGGGACUCCAUCUUCUGUGCUUGUUUCUUCUGGAUAGCUGGAACUGUGGUUCAGGUUGCCUGCAAUGGUUACGGCAUGCUGAUCGCAGGUCGAGUAUUGAACGGCAUCUGUGUCGGCAUCACGUCCUCGCAAGUUCCAGUCUAUCUCGCAGAAAUCGCAAAGAAAGAAAAGAGAGGCUCCAUCAUCGUCAUUCAGCAGCUCGCCAUCGAGUGGGGCAUUUUAAUCAUGUUCUUUAUCGGCUACGGAUGCUCCUUCAUUGCUGGAACAGCUUCUUUCCGGAUUGCCUGGGGCACUCAGUUCAUUCCUGCCGUCAUCCUUAUGCUCGGCAUUCCAUUCCUUCCAAGGUCUCCACGAUGGCUUGCAAAGGUUGGCCGCAAUGAGGAAGCGAUUGCCACGUUGGCCAACAUUCAAGCUCAAGGAAAUCGCGAUGAUCCUCUUGUCGUCGCUGAAUGGGAAGAAAUCACCACCGUUCUUACUGCCGAACGCCAGUCAGCAAAGGGCUGGCGCAAGUUCUUCAAGAAUGGUAUGUGGCGCCGUACGCUCGCUGGCACGUCCGUCCAAGCCUGGCAACAGCUGAGCGGUGCGAACGUCAUGACCUAUUACGUCGUCUAUGUUUUCGAGAUGGCCGGCCUCUCAGGAAACAUCAAUCUCAUCUCCUCUGGGGUGCAAUACGCACUCUUCAUCAUCUUCACCUCAGUGGUCUUCUUCUUCAUCGACAAGAUCGGCCGUCGCCCUCUACUGAUUUACGGCGCCAUCGGCAUGGGCAUUUGCCAGUUCGUCGUGGGAGGCGUGCUGGGAGCCUACAGCGAGAGCGUUCCUGAUGGCGUGGGAGGCAACCCCAAUGUUAUCAUCAGGGUCACGGGCGCCCCGAGCCAUGUCGUCAUCGCCUUCUCCUACCUGCUGAUCAUCGUCUACGCGCUUACUCUAGCGCCUGUCGCCUGGGUUUACGCUGCGGAAGUGUGGUCUCUCGAGACGCGCGCAACCGGCAUGGCAAUGGCAGCAGUCGCAAACUGGCUAUUCAACUUCGCGCUCGGGCUCUUCGUGCCGCCAGCGUUUGGCAGCAUCUCAUGGAGGACCUUCAUCAUCUUCGGAGUCUUGUGCUUCGGUGCUGCGGCGCAGGCUUAUCUCACCUAUCCUGAGACUUCGAAGAAGUCGCUUGAGGAGAUUGAGUUCUUGUUUAGCUCCAAGGGCCCGAAGCCGUGGAAGACACGUCCGGGUGAGUCGGAACUUGAUGCCAAGAUUGAGCAGGAGGUAAGGAGGCGCAGCAGUGUUGCAAUGGUUGGAGAAUAUGUGCAUGGAAAGGUUUGA